AUGACACAGUCAGAACCAGAGCCAAAGAAGCGUAAAACUGCUCUACCUGACCAUUCAAAAGCUGCACAUGUCAAAUGGCUUCCUAAAAGAGUGCAUACGUCGUCUGUGGUUCCCCGUCAUCCUCUGGGCGUGAAACCCUCUGGAAAUCGUCUAUUGGCAUCACAUGACUCAAACUAUCCAGACAAGUCUCAAAGAAGGGGUUUCUGGACCUUAAUGGCCUCAAACGAACAACUCAUGACGAGAAUUCUUCAUUUCAUAGAUUCCCCUUUGGAUUUGAUGAAACUUGGACACACCUCCAGGAUGAUGUAUGCCUAUACAUGGAAUGAAGAACUAUGGAGACAGUUGUAUAUGCACAAGGCUGCCAAAUCAGUUGAAUCACAUUAUCCACUCGGAAUUAAAGAGUGGAAGGGUUCUUGGAGGCGAACACUUUUGGGGAUAGAAAGAGACCAAGAAGCUCUCAUCCAAGUAAAGGAGAAUCAGAUAUGUUCCGAUCUUCUCUAUCGUCCUUAUCAAUGCUCUCAAAUUGAUUAUUCUGAGAUCUGUAGGGAAAUUAUUGAAGAUGAACGAGUUUACCACGAUCAUCCGGAAGCUUACGCCAAGCACAACUCUCUGAAAGGCCAUGUGGUACGAAUUCCAGAAGAAAAGAUGACUUUGGAAAACUUUGAAACCAACUUCACUGAUCUACCAUUCAUCAUCACUAAUCUUAAUCGUUCUAGGUGGCCUAGUUGGUCCAUGGAAUCACUUUUGGAGCGUUUUUCAAACGUACAGUUUCGCCAAGAAAGCGUUAGGUGGCCACUGUCGUUUUACUGCGAGUAUUCCCUAGAUAAUUGUGACGAAUCUCCUUUGUAUCUUUUUGACUGCAACAGUGAUGCCAUGAAAGAGCUGGUCAAUGAACUUACGGUACCAGAUUGCUUCAAGAAAGAUUUGUUCACAGUGUUUGAUGAGAAUGAUAUCUUAUGCCGGCCAGAUCACACUUGGUUGAUAAUGGGGCCCAAGAAUAGCGGUUCAACGUUUCACAAGGACCCUAAUUUCACCUCUGCUUGGAACACAGCUAUAUCGGGAAGAAAGCUUUGGAUAAUGUUACCUCCGGACAUAAAGCCACCCGGUAUUGGGACUGAUAAAACAGAAAGUGAGGUGACAGCUCCUGUAGGAAUUGCAGAGUGGACCCUAUCUGGAUUCAUGCAGGAUGCGCUGAAUUUGACGAAAUCUGAUCAAUGUUUGGUAGGUAUAACUUAUCCAGGAGAAUGUAUGCACGUCCCAGCAGGAUGGUGGCAUAGUGUUAUUAACUUGGACAAUUCAAUAGCGAUGACGGGAAACUUUAUUCCCGAACCUAAGUUGCCCCAUGUACUAGACUUCGUCAAGAAUAAAAACAAUCAAAUCUCAGGUUUUCAUUCCUUGGAUGUCAAGAAAUCAUUAAUCAAUAUUUGCAAGAGAAUGAACCAGAACACAGAAAGAUACCAAAGAUUUCAAGACUAUAUCCGGGAAGCGAAAGAUGAUAACGAAGAUUGUGGAGAAAUAGCAUUCGUUCCGAUGCCUAUAUAUGAUAUGUUCUUGGAAUUGUUGGAACAAAGCGAGCAAUUCAACAGCAUUGAUUUGAAUAAUGUAGUCGAUGUCUUAACAACAAUAGAAAAGAAAAACCGACCGGCAAAAGUCAGAGAAUCCAAAACCUGGAAUCAAUUGGUGUCACAAAACGGAUUUUCCUUCGGAUUUUCAGAGGACGACUAA